UGUCCAAUUUCUGAACAAAUCAAACAAAAAAUAAAAUCAAGUAAAUUAAAAAUCUAUGAAUUUUCUACCUGAAGUGCUAUGUAAUAGAGGAAUAAUAGCAAUAUUUUAAAUUACACAAUGUCUGUAGCGUUUGCGGCACGAGGAAAUCGUCCUCCUUUAAGUCCGGCACAAAUACAAAAAAUGUUGGAUGAAAAUGCUCAUCUAAUACAAACAAUACAAGAAUACCAAGCAAAAGGGCAAAUAAUGGAAUGUCACCAAUAUCAGCAAAUACUGCACAGGAACUUGGUUUAUCUCGCAUCUGUAGCUGACGCUAACCAAAAUAUACAGAGCAUUUUACCGCCUCCUCAUCAAUUAGCCACCGGAAAUGUAUCUCAAUCUCCACCUAUAAAUCCCCCAACCAAUGCAACUGAUGCAUCUGCUGGUGGUCAACAAGCCUACAGACAACCUUCAAGUGUUAGUUCAACACCAACAAGACCAACUCAAUCAUAUGCUCAAAGACCUUAUGGUCAAGGUCAAUAUCAAGGCCAGUAUCAGAAUGCACCUGGAGGGUACCCUCCACAAACGGGAUAUGGCUCUAAUAAUCAAGGAUAUGCUCCACCUAAUCCAUCCCAACCCCAAGGCUAUCCUCCGAACUCUAAUUAUGGUCCACCAAUUACAACAACUCCAAAUAACUAUCCACCAUCUACUCAUCCAGGAUCUAACUAUCCACCUUCUUCGUCUCAACAACCUUAUGCACCACCUUCUGGUAGCCCAGUUUCAGCUGGUGCUCCAUAUCCUGUGCGUGGCUCAUCUCAACCACCAUACACUGGAAAUUCCACAUAUCCUCCAGGUCAAGCUGGCUCAAAUUAUUCUAAUGUUGGUGUAAGUACUUAUAAUUCAACUGCUCAACCACCACAACCAUACCAGUCACAACCAUUUCCAAAUACAACUCCAACAUCUGCAUAUAGUUCAACAUCAACUUCUCAGCCUAACCGUUCUCCUCAACCCCCAAACAAUUAUUCUCAACAGAAUCCUACAAGUUCCACUUAUGGAUCACCAUCUGCCCAGUCACCAACCUAUAAUACUAGUCCCCAUGGAAGUAGUGUCCUUACAACUGCCUCAUCUGGUGGACAAACACCAAGUGGUCCUACUGGACAACAAUAUCAGGCUCCUUCACAACCAUCACCUUAUACACCUGUUACACAACCUUAUUCAAACCCUUCCUCGCAACCUGGGAGUCCAGCUCCUUCAGUAUCCACUGCUCCACCUCCUACUUCCUAUGCUCAAACACCUCAAAAUUAUCCACCAGCUGGAGGUGCGUAUCCACCGCAUGCAUAUCAACAGGGAUAUCCACCAGCACAGUAUCCACCCUCCCCUUAUCCUUACACACGAGCACCCGCUCCUGGUGCUCCACCUCCUGGUAAUCCACAACCGUACCCAGGUUAUGGAUUCCAACCUCCUGCCCAGCAAUGAUUUGCAUAUUUUUAAAACCUUAUAAUAAAUAUGCUUAGGUUUAAACCCCAAAACCUAUUAAAGUGUACUUCUACAUUCUAAUAAUUUGAAAAUAAAAUAUAGUGAGUGAUAUUUUGUUUUAAUUCA